AUGGAACCCAAAGAGAGGCUGCGGAAUGCCGUCAAAGAGGGAAACGAGUUUUUGGUGACUCGCAUCCUAAAAAAAUUCCCGGAUUUGUUGGACAACAUAGAUCCUGCCAAUGGGUGGAGCAAUUUGCACUAUGCCUCAUAUCAUGGAAAUUACCUUAUAGCUACAAAGCUCCUCAAGGGCAAGGAAAAAUACCAUGAGUAUGAGUACAGCUAUGAUAGUGAGGAAGUUUUGGUCACUUUCAAAAACGAGACCUGUCUUCAUUUGGCAGCUAUGAACAACCAUGAACAAACUCUGCAUUUAUUAUUACAACAUCUUCCCAAUUGUAUUGAUAACCGUGACAUUGAUGACCAAACACCCCUUCAUAUUGCAGCUGCCAAAGGCAACACUUCAUGCUUGCAACUUCUGCUGGAUUUGCAUGCCUCUAUCAAUGUUCAGGAUAAGAACGGUAACUGCCCAUUACACUUAGCAUCAAUUUUCGGCCAUUUGUCUUGUAUACAAUCUCUUUCAUUUUAUAAUGCCGAUAUGGGUUUGAAGAAUGCCGAUGGGUACACACCGCUUGAUGUUUGCUUUUCAUUUGAAAUCCAGAAGCAGUUGGAACAUUUGAAGGAAAACGCUCCAACCUUGCCGCCGUUCCCCUCUAAGAUUUCAGAAGAAUCUCUGGCCUCCCCAUCAUUAUCAAAUUUUAUCAUUCAGAGACCUUCAGCAACCAAGCCGGAAUCCCCCCAAUCAAAAUCAACUCUUCCUCAUCUUCCCUCUGUUACCACGGCAAGAAAGUUCUCAUCAUCAUCGCAGACCACAUUGAAUUCAUCUGCUACCAGCACCGAGACUAAGUCAGCAAGAGGUGAACGUCCCGUUUCAAGACUGGAGAAACAGAUAUCUGUCCCAUCGUUUCAUAACGGUGAUGACUUCAAGCGAACGCAAUCAUUUACUUCCUUGUACAAGGUAGGGUCCGGAUCCUACUCUGAUUUGGGAGAAACACAGUCGAAAAUGCUACCAAUUAUCAAACCAAUUAAUGAAAAGAAACAGGCUACGCCAUAUUUGCUAAUCAACACAGGAUCCGCAAAUUCACUUUCCAAUUCAAGCUCCACGAUCCAGGCUGGACCUAGAGCAAGGCGUACAGUUGAAUCUCCGAUGACCCCCAAGGAAAAGAUAUCGAACCUGAUGCCUAUCAUAAAGAAUACCGUGAACGAAAGUAAUAAUAACCACAAUCAAAUAUCUGUCGAAAAGUUAUCUCCAACGUCUAAGAGUCGACGGGUAAGAUCCAAUUCCAACUUGUCCAACCUAUCGCUGAAGACUUCCCAUUCAAGUUUAAGAAAGCUGAGGUCACAAUCCAUAUCCAAUGCAUUCCACAAACUGACACAUACAGAACCACGACAUAGACGCACUCCAUCAAUGAAUUCUCCAUCAGAGCAUGAUAAUGCAAAGGCGACUUUUCUAUUCAAUCCCAACAUCUCAACUCACUCAUUUGAGUCAAUAAGUGAAGGUUACAAUUCCGAUGAGGAAGAAGAAGAAGAAUUUACCCAAGUACCUGCAGACAAAGAUUUGGUUACUUUGGACAAUUAUUACGAAGAUGCAACUCAUCCAGAAACAGAACUGAACGUACCCGAACAGGUUGAAGCAAGACGUAAACUCAAUCUGAAAAUUGAUACACUUUACAAACAUAAAAAUCAUUCUUUAGAGCAGAUGGACGAGAGAAUGCUGGUAUCACCGACUACAACCAACUCUUUUUCGCAAAGUUUGAGGCCAUCAAGAGUGCUGAGCAUUCCAAUAGCCAACCUUUCCAAAAAGAGAAGAGAUCAAGGCUAA